GGAAUGAUCGGAAGCUUCCAGAAAGAGGAAGAUCUGCAGUCAGUGUGUGAAGUGGCUGCCCAUGUGUUCAGUGAUGGAGUAACAAACUGGGGUCGAGUCGUGACUCUCAUCUCAUUUGGUGCCUUUGUUGCAAAACACCUGAAAAGCAUAAACCAGGAGAAGUGCAUCAACUCGCUGGCAGGGAUCAUCACAGAUGCACUCGUCUCAUCUAAGCGCGAGUGGCUGAUGAGCCAGGGAGGCUGGGAGGGCUUUGUCGACUUCUUUCGAGUUGAGGACUUAGAAAGCAGCAUCAGAAACAUACUGAUGGUGUUUGCAGGCGUGGCUGGACUGGGAGCGAGCUUGGCCUACAUGAUCCGGUGAGCCAGGGUAUGCUGCAGAGGGACAAAACUCUGGUUGGACCAGCUCUGUUUGGGGCUGGUGAGCUGAUCACUUCCUCCUGUGAGUAUUUACAAAGCUGGACUUGAGCAACCCAAGGAGAAUAUCUAGGCAUCCCCUGAGCAAUCCUUUCCCAAGAAGGAAGGUGUGAUCUGGUCAGAUUGUGGGUACCAAUGAGGAUUUA